UGACGCGACACAGGGUGCAGGUUCCGGCACAAGGUGCAGGAAUUCGCCGUGGCACGCCCUCCAAGAUUGUGCGAAAUUUGACUGCGGCUGCACUAUCCUGUCCUAGGAAGUCACCGGCUGCACGGUCCGUACGGGACGGGAGGCUAUGGCCGGAAAAGAAACAGCUCGACCCUACUUUACGAUGUCGGGCGGCAGCUGCGACGUCGGCCAGGGUACAAGCAGUGAAGCCUCUGAUCUGGACAAUAGCAGGAAGUCACCGCCUCCACGGUCCGUACGGGACGAGGUGACUGCGGCCCGGAAAGAAACACCUCGACCCUACUUUACGAUGUCGAGGGGCCACUACAACUUGGCCCAGGGUACAAGCAGUGCACCCUCUGAUCUGGACGAAAGCAGAGUUCCCGAAGAAACCAGAGAAGCAGCGGGGCACCAGCGAGACAACCAGGCUGCCAACAGAAAGCAAGAGUGCGACGUGUGUCGGUUCACUUUCACCGACAUGAAGGCCUUCGAAAAGCACGCCGCUGACCACUCGCUUGGGAAAAAGCACAUUUGCUCCGAGUGUGGUAAACUGUUUCCGACGCCUUCGAAGCUCGCGAGCCAUUUAGCCACACACGGCGAACCAUCCUUUGAGUGCGCCGUCUGCGGCAAGAAAUAUUAUACCAUAGGUGGCCGCAGGAACCACAUGCUUUCAUACCACGUCGGUGCACACGACUGAGAAGCCGUCGAAGCGUCUCGUUCACACCACAGCACACACCACGAAAUUGGACGAGCCCGCCGGGAAGCACCGACGCACCUGACAGGUGCAUCGGCAUCGGUGUGGCCGGAUAUUCGCCCGGGAGGAGUGACCUCUCUGGAUGUCACCCUGGCGCUAAGACGUGUCGUGUGCCUUCGCAGAAGAACUUGUGGUCUGGGCCUCAACUGUUAUAGCUGUGCGCUAACUUUUUGACAAACAAAAUUGGGCUAAUCUUAUUCCUUCUGACUAGGGCUGAAGAAGGCCUGCGAAUGGUUAUCUGUGGUUAUCUCGAGAAAUACUGUGCGUCAGCUUUCUGGUUUUCUCCUAAGAAUGCACCCGUUUUCGCAAUCCUCUAGCUAUCGUUAAGAUAAUUUUGUAUGUCUCCUGGAUUGAACAAAAUAAGGAGAUUACAUUCUUCAAAAAUAGAGUAGUAAGGAUAUUUACACUAGCGUUCUUAAUAGUGAAGUUGAGUAAAGUGCCGUCCUAAUAUUCUCGAGCCUUGCUGGUAAAGUUAUUGAUAGUUUCAGUGCCCUGCAGGGUACAAACAAAACUGUUAAAGUUGGUACGCAUUUUUUCAAUGGAGGAAGUUCAACACUCACCGGAAAAACGUGAUGCUCACAGCGGAAAGAGAGCUGCACCAGUCGGCUUAGCUGGUGCAUGUAAACAUUGCUGAGGCUAAUAAAUGGACUUCAAUGAUGAUGCUUUGCUCCCAUUCCCUGAAAAAUGCCUGCGAAUAAAUUUAUUCCACUGGUUA